CACGAGUGAAGCAGUGAGGUGCGGGGCGACCCGGGCAGCGCACCACACAGUUGCAGGUCAGUGCGGCGCGUGGUGCAGGUGGUGGCCUGCUGUCCUCACGCUCACACGUCUUCCUCCAGAUUAAAAGUACGAUGGAUGAUCAAGCAUUAUCAGUGGAAGAUUUGUUUAAGGCUCAAGUGCCAGUGUCAUGCUUGAUGCCUCAAAUUUCAAACAAUAAUGUUCAAAGGAAACUUCCUACACAAGAAACGACGUCUCUCGGCGUCGAACCUAAUGAAAUUAAUGAUGAUAAGUGCCUACAUUUCUAUGGUAUUCGUUUAGAUAAAAAUGAUGCUUUUUUAGGCAAUGGUUACUUGACAGGUUCCAUCAGCUCCUUACUAAGUAAUGUUUCAUCAGUCAACAAUAGCAGUGUGCUAAAUGAAUCGAGACAGAACCCCACUGUCAUCAGCAGCCCAAAUAAGAGUUCCAAACAGUUAUUAGCUUUAGAUUCUGAUGAAGACACAUCUGAACCAAAGGAGAUCCUCAAAAAAAAGAUUUUGUCCAACUUAAAAUCUUCGGUAGCCCAAGAAAUGACUCCUCCACGUAUUUUAUGCACAAGAAAUACAAAUUUGGAAGAAGCAAAAACACCAGAAACUCCAUAUAGUUGUGGUGACAUAAUUGAAGUAUGUCCGUCUCCAUCCUUAUUCUUGAAGGAGAUUCGGUGCCAGUCUUCUACUCCCCUUAAGAGCAAAUUUGAUGAACAUAUGAAUAACUGCUUCAAUGAUGAAAAUAAAGUUCCUAAUUUACUUGUCAGCCAAGAACACUGUGAAGAAAAACUGAAAAAAAAUAUAUACCAAAAUACAGGGUGUGAACCUAAGCUCUGUGCACUUAAUACAUCAAGAGAUUCCAAUGUGAAAGAAAUGGAUUCUUGCAGAAAGGUAGAGGAUAGCAUUGCAUGCACUUUAAUUGAAGACAAUCUUGCCUUGACUUCUGCUAUGAAUAAGAGUGUAAAAUGGGAUUCCACUACUUUAAGUGCACUUGAGGCAAAUAUUACUCCUGUUAAAAGUUUAGCCCCAGAGGUGACAGGUGAAGUGGACUUGAGUGAAUCAAUGUGUAAUAUAUCAAUAAGUGAUAGUAAUGUAGAUGAUCGUGAUAAGGUUAACGAAGAAUUCAUCAUCUUGGAUGAAACCUCAGAAAGCAUUGAUCUAGGUUCAGUAAAAGAUUCAGUGUCAAAUGAUCACCAUAGAUUACUGGGAGAAAAUAGAGCAGAUUCACAUGCAAUACUAAGCAGUGAAGCCAGCCACAGUAAUAAUGCAGCUACUGACAGGAAAGAGAAAAUGUUAGAUAGUGGUGGUGGUUCAAAAUGUACUGGUCAGUCAUCUCAUGUCCCGAGACAAAAUGUGACCAAAAGGCUUUCUGAAUCAUCAGGUGCUGAUCAGGCUCUGGUGAAACCAGAAAGCAAGGUAUUAAGUGAAGAAAAGCUCGUACCAGAGGGUAUUUAUGUAAAUGAAGUUGCAUCUAGUUCAAAUAAAUCUGAAAUGGAUGGCAUGGAAGAGUCUGUCAAGUCAUACAGAGUGCCAUUUGUAAGCUGUGAUCCUCAGGAGAACGAAGAUAAUGAGGAUCCUAAGUGGAGUUACUUGGCUAAACUGGAGACAGAUGAAGAACGAUAUCAGUUGUCCCGCAAACUGUGGAAGAGCAUAGUUGUGCCAGACCCUAAUGUAAACCUUACGUAUAAUGGCAGUUCAAGAAGAUGGAGAGCUCAAAGAAAUGCCUUAAAAGAUGCAUCAAACACUUCAAGAGCGAGGGUAGCACAGAAACGGAAACGUGAAUUUGAGGAAAACGGUGUGGAGCCACCCAGAAAACGAGCAUGUGCUGUAAAUGUUAAUUUCAGCUCACGGCGUUUUCAAGAGAGUAUGGCAAUGGUAUCUGUUAAUUUUAUUGAAGAGUGUCAGACGAAUGUACGCUCUAAAGGUGACGCUAACAAACUUCAACGUUCAUUCAAUGAGAAAAUACAUCAACUAAAGCUUGCUAGUUCAGAGGUUGAGGCUUUGCAUAAAUUUUACUCGGGCCUUCCUGACCAGAUUUCGGUAUCACAGACAUAUGUGGAAAACGAACAGUUGGAAAUAGAACAACUUUAUACGAAAUUUAGAAAAAUAUAUAAUUGGAAUGGCAGAGCCUUCAUUCCCUAAUGUGAAACACAAAUUAUAUAGAAUAAUAAUUAUUUAAAUAAAAUAACUCGAAGGUUUAUCUGAGAUUUAUACUAAGGGGUGUUGGGAGUGGUGUCACUGGGAGAAUGAGUGUUUGUCAAUAGCAGGUCUCGCGCCACGUCCUCGGUGACACAGUAAUGCACUAUUGGUACAAAACCAUUUUGACCCUCGGUGGGGAGAGGAGGAUUUGGUGGUGGAAGGAGGGUGGAGAGUGGUGCAUUUUUCAACAGGCAUUCUUUUUUGUAUUUGACCUGUUCAGAUUACUGUAUCAUUUUCAUUUGAGUGUUAAUCCUCAAAGUGCAGCUGUCAUCAUACAUAGAUUCAGAGAAAUGCUGUUAUCAAAUGUUGAUUUAAAUUGUUAUUGUCUAGGUUUUAUACCAGUGAUGUUAUUGAAGAAAUGUUCUACAAAUGAAUGAAGGUGAAGGAAAGACCCAAUAUAAGUGUAAGUGUAUUAAAAACUAAAUUUUUGGAGGUAACCUACAUCAUUUCUCAAGGUACUGUAUAAAAUGUUCUGAACAACAUUCUAAGAUUUUUUUUUUUUUAAAUCUGGCAGUGCGCCUCACUUGGCACCCAUUAGAUAUCGUGAUUAUGCUUCCCCAGGGACUUGCCGAUGAACUUGACAAGGGAUAUUGAAGUUUAUGAAUGCUCAAUUAUCCUGAUUUUUGAGAAACUGUGGGCAGGGUUCUGCAGAAUCAUUAUCCCUACUCUGGACAUUAAUUCACAUGCUGAUGUGAAUUAAUGAGAUUAGUUUUGCUUCCUUAAGAAUGAUUUUACAGUUUAUUGGGUCUACUAAGAAAUUUAUUGUCCUUUACUGUCUUAUAGAAUUAUACAGUGGCACCUCGAUUAAGAGUUUAAUCCGUUCUGGCACCGAUCUCGUUAUGUGGAAAACUAGUCUUAAACAAAUUUCCCCAUUUAAAAUAAAGGAAAUAAAUUUAAUCCGUUCCACUCCCAAAAACAUCCAUACAUGUAUGACAUUUUAUAAUGUAAAUAUAAUACUGCACAUGUAAUAUUAUAAAUGUUUUGUUGUACUGUUUUCAUGUUUAUUUUACCUUAUGAACCUCCCUCCUUGUUCAUCCUGUUGUUGCCGUGAGGGGGGCUUAGUGGGCGGCUGCCGGAGUGUGAUGCUCCUUGGGACAGUCCUCUGUCCUUUUGUAGCCUUGUGCUCCUG